CCUCGGCCAUAUUGAAUAGCCACGACCGAGUCGUCUUUGUCUGCGAAGUCCUCUCCCAAGCUGCAGGCGAGUCCCCGAGGCAGGAAGAGCCACGGGGCAGCCCGUGCGCCCCGACUUGGAGCCGGACACCGCGUCUACAGCUGGCGGUGGGCGUUGAGCCUCAGGACUGACCCCCUUCCUCCCGGCUCACGUAAGCAUCUCGGGGGGUUGAGUCCCGCCAGUCCUUGGUGGGGAGCCGGACUUGGCCAAGGCUGCACUUGAUUUCCCGCCGCAGAGAAGUUGGGAGGGGUUGGCGCAACCUUGGCCGGAGAGGUGAGACCCUCCGGGCAGUUCGGCCGGGACCCCGCGCCCAAGACCCAGGCCUGCUUGUAGCUUGGGGUCGCUGCCCCCACCCCGGCUUUCACCCUGGAGAUCUUAAAGACCCUCGAGAAAAGCCACGUGGGGGGCUGGUUCCCCUGGGGCUUCCUCCCGUCGCCUGACUGUCUGAUCCUCUGGAGCGUCCCAGAUGUCUGCAAAGAUGUGGACCUGGACGUCCUGGUGGAAGCCCUGAGACCCGUGGGGACCUUUAAGAAGAUCGGCAAGGUGUUCCGCAGGGAGGAGGACUCCACGGUGGGGAUGCUGCAGAUCGGGGAGGACGUCGACUAUUUGCUCAUCCCGCGGGAGGUCAGGCUGGCCGGGGGCGUGUGGAGGGUCAUCUCCAAGCCCGCCACCAAGGAGGCGGAAUUUCGCGAGCGGCUGACCCAGUUUCUGGAGGAAGAAGGCCGCACGCUGGAGGACGUGGCCCGCAUCAUCGAGAAGAGCACCCCACACCCGCCCCAGCCCCCCAAAAAGCCCAAGGAGCCCCGCGUGAGGAGGCGAGUCCAGCAGAUGGCGAGCCCUCCCCCGCGGCUGGUCGUGGGCACCUACGACAGCAGCAACGCCAGCGACAGCGAGUUCAGUGACUUCGAGACCUCCGGCGACAGGGGCGACAAGGGUCGCAGAGGCCCGGGGCGCGGCAGGAGGGUGCGCAAGAUGCCCGUCAGCUACCUGGGCAGCAAGUUUCUGGGGAGCGACCUGGAGAGCGAGGACGACGAGGAAGUGGUGGAGGCCUUCCUGCAGCGGGGGGCAAAGCCGCCCGGCGCGCCACCCGCCCGCCGCCGCGUGACCCUGCCGGUGCCCGUGUUUGAGGACAACCCCGGGCCGCAGCUGUCGAAGGCGGACAGGUGGCGAGAGUACGUCAGCCAGGUGUCCUGGGGGAAGCUGAAGCGGAGGGUGAGGGGUUGGGCGCCGAGGUCCGAGGUGGGCGAGGCCCGGCAGGCCUCCGCAGGGGUGGAGAGGGAGGGGCCACGGGAGCCAGGCAGAGCCAGCCGGGGGGAUAAUGUGGGGCACGCAGGGGGCGGCCAGGUGCCUGAGACUCCCCCUAGACGAUGGAGGCCCAAGAUCAACUGGGCCUCUUUCCGCCGUCGCAGGAGGGAGGGAGCAGCAUCCACAAUUCAGGUGGCAGAGGCUGCAGAUAAUCAGAGAGCAGAGGCUGCAGAUGAUCAGAGAGCAGAGGCUGCAGAUGAUCAGAGAGCAGAGGCUGCAGAUGAUCAGAGGGUAGAGGCUGCAGAUGAUCAGAGAGCAGAGGCUGCAGAUGAUCAGAGGCCUGAGGCUGCAGAUGAUCAGAGGGUAGAGGCUAUAGCUAAUCAGAGGGCAGAGGCCAUACCUGUUCAGGAAGCAGAGGCUGAAGAUAAUCGAGGGGCAGAAGCCAUAGCUGUCCAGAGGGCAGAGGCUGUAGAUAAUCAGAGGGAAGGGGCUGCAGAUAAUCAGAGGGCAGAGGCCCCAGUCGUCCAGGAGGCUGAAGCCACAGCUGCCCGGGUGGCCGCAGGGGCAACGCAGGGAACUAGGGCCCGGAAACAGGUCAAGACAGUGAGGUUCCAGACCCCUGGACGCUUUGCGUGGUUUCGCAAGCGCCAGAGGGCCUUCUGGCACACGCCCCGCUUGCCCACCCUGCCCAAGAGAGUCCCCCGGGCAGGUGAGGCCAGGAGCCUUAGGGUGUUGAGGGCAGAGGCCAGAGCAGAAGCAGAGCAGGGAGAACGGGAAGACCAGCUGUGAGGCGAAGGCAGCGGUGGCCUGGAGCACGCCACCAGCGGCCGCCACCAGCGGCCACCACGCUAUCAGCCCCUCAGGGCGCGGUCCUCCGUCUCCCACCCUUGGAUGGAGACGCUCUUCCUGCCUCUGAACUUGAAAAUGGAGGUGAAGCAAGGGCCUGGCAAUGGGCCUCCCACCUCCACUAGUCCCCCUCUUUCUUGUUAAAAUGUUGUCUUUCAUGCAUUGACUUAAAAAAAAAAAUACAGACUCUUUCUAGACACCCAAGGAAUGUAAAGAGACCCGCAGGGAUGGGUUACAUCACUCACGAUCUGAAUUUCCUCCUAUGCAGCUCUAGGCGCUCAUCUUGAAACAAGGGGAAAGGCAAGGAGAAGCCCCCUCCCCUCCGCCUUUCCCUUCUCCUUCCCACCUGCACACUUAGUAUUGACCGCCUCCUUGAACUUAAAAAGUGGGCGCAAGCCAGCAUGCAAAUAAAAAUGUUUACGAAGCGAU